CCCAAAAAGAUCUAUUGGAGGUGAAAAGAAAGACCACUAGUCGACCUCAUGUAUUAAACUAAUAUUCACGAGAAAGUUGGGGUCACCAAGGAACUUAGUUAAUAAAGUAUGAAAAUGUCACCAUCUUCCAACUCCACCAUUCAUUUCCAACUCCUAUAUAUACACGCUUGAAGUGAAGCUAGGUUUGCACAACCACACACUCGAUUCCCUCUCUUAAAAAAAAACCGAAAAAACCAAACCGUUUUAAAUGGCCGCAUCUUCUAGAAAAUCAAGCGGACCAGUGCUCCGACCACCGUCGCCGGCCGGCAGAUUCACCGCCUCCGGCUUCGCAUCCUCUACUUCAACAUUCUCCUCUCACUCCACCUCCUUCUUUCACCGCUCCACUUCCCCCACACGUGUCAACCACUGCGGUUCCUCCCUCCGAUUCUCUCUCGACCGCUCCGUUUCUCCGAACCGCUCCAUCUCCGUCGCUGGAACCGGAGCCGUACCGGCGGUCACACGGAAGAACAACCAGCAGAAACGGACUUGCAUGUGCGCGCCGACAUCGCACCCAGGCUCGUUCCGGUGCAGCCUACAUAAGAGCUCCGGCUCUCGCGUGGUGGCGGCGCCGUACUCGCCGAACCGGCUCAACGCGCGGAGGUCGGCGAUGACGAACUCGCUCGUCAGAAUCCGCGGUGUCGAAGGGGAACUCGUGAAGAAAGCCUUGGCGGCGUUGAUCCGGCCGUCGUCGCACCAGCAGCGCCGGCGGGGCGAGUUCCGGCCCCGGCCGAGCAGGCUUGCCGCUAUGUCUAAAGCGGAAGGAGAAGGAGAUUCGUGAAUGUUUCACGGUUCUUCAAUGUUGUGUGAGUCUUCAACCGCCGUUGACGGCGGCGACGGUGUCCAAAACGGUUUGAGAUUUGCCGGCGAACUCGCCGGUGAUCGGAAUGGAUUAGUAUUUUUUAUCCGAUAACCGAAUCUGAUCGGAGACUAUGUUUGAUUAGUUCUCUUCUUUCUUGUAUAUACUUCAACAUAUAGAAUAUAGAAUUCCAACCAAAUAUUAUUGGCUGGCUGCAA